AAAAAAAUGUAAUGUAAUUACGACAGAGAGAGAGAGAAGAGAUCUGGCGUAGAAGGAAACAAACCAAAAUUUGACAUAAUAACUCCACCAACAAUCCUCCUUCAGAUCGAAAACCCUUUAAAAAAAAAGAAAAUCAAAAAUUCCCUCAAUGAUGAUUCUUCCCAAGCUGCUGUAAUCGGCGAUUUCGAAUGGCAAUUAACAAGACAAGGGGAUUCAAUUGAAGUCGUUGGCCUAUUGUGUCAAUGGCAUCAGCAGCUCAGGUUAAGCCUAGUUCCCGGCGGCAGGAGGUCGCCGAAGCUGGACGCCGUAAGCUUGAGCAGUUCCGCAAGCAAAAAGCAGCCAAAAAGGCUUCACAAAGUAAUACUAUUACACAGCAAACUCUCGCAGUUUCAGAUGGACAUGUUGCAUCCCAUCAACUUCCCUUCGACCAAACCCAAUCCAAGUCCUCCUCAUUCUCCGGAGAUGUAUAUAAUUUAUCGUUUUCGAAUGUAGCCCCUAAGGAUGGAAGCCAGAGGGAUGAGUCAGUGGGGACAGCUGGUUUCUCUAGUAGCUUAGACCUCAAGGGCUCCUCUACAGUGGACAAUACGCCUGAAGUUGUACCUUACAAGCAAUCGAGUGGAGGUUUUCCCAAAGGCGCAUCUCCUUCUUCUGGAAGCACUCUGCUUCCAACCUCGAUACAAAUGGACGGUUUCUUGCAUGGUAGUGAAUUAAACCCAUCCAGAAAAGACUCUCUACAACCUACUACCAGGAUGGCAGGGUCUACACACGAAGUUGAUAAAAACCAACAGGGAACUGGUGAGGUAAGAGGAGGUAGCAGCAGCAUUGUGCAGAAGCCAACUUUGUCUAGCAGUUAUUUGUUCAGUUCUCCCGAAACAUCAUCGCGACCGUCUGAAUCUUCGGAUUACAGCGUAAAUAUCGCAAGCUCUUCGCCCUUGUACUCGGCUAUAAAUGAAGCAAGUGUGAAGAGAAAUCGUCCAUCUUUCCUUGAUUCCCUUAAUAUUUCAAGAGCUCCAGAGACUCUGUAUCAACACCCUGAGAAGGAGGCGGAUCUGGCUACGCCUAGUGGUUCCCAACUAACUGGCGGUGAUGGUUUUGGACUAUCUUCACGCCAACAUGGGAAAAUAGACAGCAAUGGACCAUCAUUUACAAGUGAAUCUCCUUAUCCAUUUGAAAAAUCCAGGAGUCCUUUGUUUCCUGUUGCCAAUGGAGUAAUGCCAGGUUUUACUGAUUACUCCAUGCCAAAACAAAAUGAUGAUUUUAGUACUCUGGAACAGCAUAUUGAGGAUUUGACACAAGAAAAGUUCUCAUUGCAAAGGGAUCUUGAUGCUUCACGUGCUCUGGCAGCAUCCCUAGCAUCUGAAAAUUCUUCGAUGACAGACACUUAUAAUCAGCAGAGAAGUAUUGUCAACCAACUAAAAGAGGAUAUGGAGAAGCUUCAGCAACAGAUCCAAGAGCAAAUGGCGGAACUUGAAUCCUUCAGAAUUGAGUAUGCAAAUGCACAGCUCGAAUGUAAUGCUGCUGAUGAGCGUUCCCAAAUACUGGCUUCUGAAGUCAUCAGUUUGGAAGAUAAGGUUCUCAGACUCAGAUCUAGUGAGUUAAAGCUGGAGAGGGAACUGGAGAAUGCACAAGCAGAAAUGUCAUCUUACAAGAAAAAAUUACAGAGCGUAGAGAAAGAUCGCCAAGACUUACAAUCUACCAUUAAAGCUCUUCAGGAAGAAAAGAAGGUCCUACAGACUAUGGUGCAGAAAGCUUCCUCUGGUGGAAAAUCCACUGACCUCGGUAAAAGCUCCACUAGCAGGAAAAACGCAUCAACCUCUACCGAAGGUCUCGCCAUUUCAGAUGCUAUGUCAAGGAGCUCCAACCAGGAAACAGAUUCUACUGCGCUGCUUGAAAGUGAUUCGUCUAAUACAGCUAUCAUUCCUGAAACUGGACAAUUAACUCUUGAAGGAUUUUCAUUGAGUGUCCCAGCUGAUCAGAUGAGAGUGAUUGAUAACAUUAAUACGCUGAUUGCUGAGUUGGCAAUUGAAAAAGAGGAACUGGUGCAAGCAUUGUCAUCUGAGUUAUCUCGAAGUGCGCAUGUGAAGGAGUUGAAUAAAGAGUUAUCCAGAAAACUUGAAGUGCAGACGCAGAGGUUAGAGCUACUAACAGCACAGAAUAUGGCGAUAGACAAUGUUUCACGUCCAAACCAGCCAGAUUCUCAUGUAGAUCAAGAGAGACCACCGAUUGCAGAUGAAGGCGAUGAGGUGGUGGAAAGGGUUCUAGGAUGGAUCAUGAAGAUGUUCCCAGGAGGGCCAUCGAAAAGAAGGACGAGCAAGCUCCUCUAAUGCACUACUUGCUCAGCCUUGACCCUUUUUUCCAUUCUGUACAUCCCGGCAUAGCCAUAUACCGCUCGCUAUUGCUUCCUUCUCCGUUUUGUUUUGGAAGACUUUUUGGAUAUUUGAUCCAAAAUUUUGGGUUUCAUUGGAUUUGAGUAAAAUCAAGAAGACAGCAGAAAUGGUAUAGUGAGACAGAGACACGUUUAUAUGAGUGCGUUUUUGUUUGACUUGAAUUUUGUAACUGUUUUUAUAGUCCAAGGUUAAAGGUGUUCCAGCCAAUAUGCUAAUUACAAAAAAAAUUCGGUUUGGUUUUGGAUUGCACUGUUUCCAAUUUAGAUUCAAGAUUCGGUUAAGCAAAUAGUAUAAAACAAGAUUAAUUGUUUGUCUAA